GCCGGGAGGGCCGGAGACCCAGGGCUGAGGGCACGGGCCGCGCGCCGGCUCGAAGCGAGCGUCGGCCGUCGGGAGCGCGCGAGAGCGGGGCGGGUGUGGAGCGUGCGGGGGCCGCGCGCUGCCUCUCAGAGGCCGGACAGCACUGCUGGCAGGCGGCAGCGACAACGACGGCGGCGGUGACGGGUACCGCACCGGGGUAAAGCACCAUAACCUGGUUGAACUCUGCAUCCAGGAAGCCCAAGAUUGAAGACAAAAGAUCAGAGACAUUGACUUACUUGGAAACAGGGACAUCUUUGGAAUUUUGUUUUUAUCUACAAUAAUCUUUUAAACUAGCAUCAAGUGGAAUUUAGUUCUUCAUCUUAUUCUGCUUAUUGGAAAGAAUAUGGCUUCAAGGAUUUUAAGUUUCUCUUUAGUUUUGCAUGAACUCGAUAGAAAACGGAGCCCUUAAAGGGCCUGGGAAUAACAAGAAAAGGUUGGAAACAGACAGUAUUGCUAGCUGUUUUCUCUCCCCCUUCAAAGAAAAGGAUUUACAACUCAACCUUGUGACAGCUGUUGUCCAGCUUUGGCCAUCAAGAGAAAAAUAAAUAAAAUUAAGUCACCGUUGCCAGACUGCCAGUCCUGGUGAAGUCAAGGUGUGGGAGUGGUGGUGGCAUUGAGAAGGCUGCUGAAGACAGACAAGAACUGCAGUUCAAACAGCAUCUCUCUAAGGCUGGAAGGGACUGCAGGUUUUUUCUUGGAUUAACAUAGCCCAGGGCACACCUCUUCUAGGUGCAGCUCAUAUUUUGUGGACGUGUGGUAGUUGUGGAGGUUUUCGUGUAUCUCCGCAGAAGAAUUAUUGUUUGCUUAAAGUUUCCUGCCCUAUCCUGAUAGUCUCUCCUCUCCUUUUGAAGACCUGCCUCCAUCCAUGAGCUGUACUUUGAUCUGUCUGACUCUCCAUGUUUUCCACCUGCAACUGUUUGCAUGUGUACAGCCUACUGUUUGUCUCCAAUUUUUAAACUGUACAAGUUGUGUUUCUUAAUCUCCUUGUCUGUUCUGGGGUGGUGGUUAUUCAUCAGUUGAAAUCACCUUUCCCCCUCCCAUGUGCUUUCCUUCAUUUGAGAUCUUUUGACCUUUGUUUUUAUUUGGGAGGGGGAAGGGUGAUAAUUUUACGUUUUCUGUUUUCCCCAGUUUCUUUUCUCUCUGUUUCCCUCAUCCCAUUUUCUUGUCUGUUCUGCCGCUGUGUGGGCCUGGGCUAUGCGGCAGGGCACAUCUUCCAUCAGAGCUCCAACAUGCCGGCAGAGUCUGGAAAGAGAUUCAAACCCAGCAAGUAUGUACCGGUCUCAGCAGCUGCCAUCUUCCUAGUGGGAGCUACGACGCUCUUCUUUGCCUUUACGUGUCCAGGACUAAGCCUGUAUGUGUCACCUGCAGUGCCCAUCUACAAUGCGAUUAUGUUUCUCUUUGUGCUGGCCAACUUCAGCAUGGCCACCUUUAUGGACCCAGGAAUCUUCCCCCGAGCUGAAGAGGAUGAAGAUAAAGAAGAUGAUUUCCGAGCUCCUCUUUACAAAACAGUUGAGAUCAAGGGCAUCCAGGUGCGCAUGAAAUGGUGUGCCACCUGCCGCUUCUACCGUCCUCCUAGGUGUUCCCACUGCAGUGUCUGUGACAACUGUGUAGAGGAAUUUGAUCAUCACUGCCCCUGGGUGAACAACUGUAUUGGUCGCCGAAACUACCGCUAUUUCUUCCUCUUCCUCCUUUCCCUGACAGCCCACAUCAUGGGUGUGUUUGGGUUUGGCCUCCUUUACGUCCUCUAUCACAUAGAGGAGCUCUCAGGGGUCCGCACAGCUGUCACAAUGGCAGUGAUGUGCGUGGCUGGCUUAUUUUUCAUCCCUGUAGCUGGCCUCACAGGAUUUCACGUGGUGCUGGUGGCUAGGGGACGUACAACCAAUGAACAGGUUACGGGUAAAUUUCGGGGAGGUGUGAACCCCUUCACCAAUGGCUGCUGUAACAAUGUCAGCCGUGUCCUCUGCAGUUCUCCAGCACCCAGGUAUUUGGGGAGACCAAAGAAAGAGAAGACGAUUGUAAUCAGACCUCCUUUCCUUCGACCAGAAGUGUCAGAUGGGCAGAUAACUGUGAAGAUCAUGGAUAAUGGCAUCCAGGGAGAGCUGAGGAGAACUAAGUCUAAGGGAAGUCUAGAGAUAACAGAGAGCCAGUCUGCAGAUGCGGAACCUCCACCUCCUCCUAAGCCAGACCUGAGCCGUUACACUGGGCUGCGAACACACCUCAGCCUAGCUAAUGAGGAUAGCAGCCUCUUGGGCAAGGACAGCCCCCCUACACCUACCAUGUACAAGUACCGGCCAGGUUAUAGUAGCAGCAGUACAUCAGCUGCCAUGCCUCAUUCCUCCAGCGCCAAGUUGAGUCGGGGAGACAGCUUGAAGGAGCCAACCUCAAUUGCAGAAAGCAGCCACCAUCCUAGCUACCGCUCAGAGCCCAGCUUGGAGCCAGAGAGUUUCCGGUCUCCCACCUUUGGGAAGAGCUUUCAUUUUGAUCCACUGUCCAGUGGCUCACGUUCCUCCAGCCUCAAGUCAGCCCAGGGCACAGGCUUUGAGCUGGGCCAAUUGCAAUCCAUUCGUUCAGAGGGCACCACCUCCACCUCCUAUAAGAGCCUGGCCAAUCAGACACGCAACGGAAGUCUGUCUUACGACAGCCUACUCACUCCUUCAGACAGCCCUGAUUUUGAGUCAGUACAGGCAGGGCCUGAGCCAGAUCCACCUUUAGGCUACACCUCUCCCUUCCUGUCAGCCCGGCUGGCCCAGCAACGGGAAGCCGAGAGGCACCCACGUUUGGUACCAACUGGCCCAGCGCACCGAGAGCCCUCACCAGUCCGUUAUGACAAUCUGUCACGCCACAUUGUGGCCUCUCUCCAGGAACGAGAGAAGCUGCUGCGACAGUCACCCCCGCUUGCAGGCCGUGAGGAAGAACCUGGCUUGGGGGACUCGGGCCUUCAGUCAACACCAGGCUCAGGCCAUGCCCCUCGUACUAGUUCCUCCUCAGAUGAUUCAAAGAGAUCACCCUUGGGCAAGACUCCACUGGGACGCCCAGCUGUCCCCCGUUUUGGCAAACCAGAUGGGCUAAGGGGCCGGGGACUAGGGUCCCCUGAACCAGCCCCAGCUGCCCCGUACCUGGGCCGAUCAAUGUCUUACAGCAGCCAAAAAGCCCCAGCAGGUGUCUCAGAGACAGAGGAAGUGGCACUGCAACCAUUACUGACACCCAAAGAUGAAGUACAGCUCAAGACUGCCUACAGCAAAUCUAAUGGGCAGCCCAAGAGUAUAGGCUCAGCCUCCCCUGGCCCAGGCCAGCCACCUCUCAGUAGCCCCACAAGGGGAGGAGUCAAGAAGGUGUCAGGGGUGGGUGGUACCACCUAUGAGAUUUCGGUGUGAGCCUUGGGCGCCUCCCCUCUCCCAUGCCUUUGCGCCUACACCAAAGGGCCCCAGGUGGCCACCUUCCUUCCCUCAAGGGGCUCCCCUCCCUUGCAUGGACAUUUUUUAAACCACGGAUUCUGAGAGAAUGAGGAAUGUUUUAUAAAAUGCCAUGGGGUUGAGGAGUUGGGAGUUUGGGCCCUGAGACUGGGUAGCAACCCCCUUUGACCUUUUAAGACCUUCCCUUUCUUGAUCCCUGGACCAGACUCAGUGGACAUUUGUGCAAUUGCUCGCCCUGGAGGGAACCAGAUCAUUUUUAAACCAGAAAUAAUUUUUUUUAUUAUUGUUA